UGUGAAAAUCUACUUCGGUGAAAUGGCGUCGUAUAAUUACUUUCUUUGUUGUAAUUGAAGCUGUUUCACUAAAAUCCAGAUUUCUGUAGCAUAACAGAAUAACAAUCGGCAUCGAAAAAAUUUUUUUUACAUCUUAAACUCUCAAGAAAGAUGUUAUACAAAUCUAUACCAAACGACAAGCAAAUAUUUUUUGUAUACUGAGAUUGAUUGCAAUAAUUGUUUUGUUGAUUGUCUGGAAUGUGAACAAGACGUCUUUGCAUAUGAAUUACACUUGGACAGAUUUAAAAAGGAGUUUACAAUUCAGUCCAUGUAUUGACAAAAAUCACAAUAGAAGAAAUAUUUAAUAGGAAUGAAGUAUAGAAACAUAAAGAAGAUACACAUCUCUAUAUUGUCAAGAGAGAAAAUAAACAAUGGAAGUUGAAUGAUGUGUGAAUAAGUUUAGAUAUAAAAUACAAUUGAAAAGUAUUGAUUUGCAUAGAGGCAUGGAUAAAGAGAAAAGGAAAAAAUUACACCACUGUGAUAUCUGUGGGAAAUUUCUCUGUGACAAUCGUACAUUAGUAACACACAAAUACAUUCAUACUGGAGAGAAGCCGUUUAACUGUGAUGUUUGUGGGAAAUCAUUCGUUCAUGAGUCUAGCUUCAGAAGACACAAACGUAUAAUCCAUAGAGGAGAGAAACCACAUCACUGUGAUAUCUGUGGUAGAUCAUUCUCUCAAAAUCAAAAUCUAAUAGAACACAAACGUGUUAUUCAUACUGGAGAGAGACCGUAUCACUGUGAUAUUUGUGGGAAAUCUUACCCUCUCAAUUAUUAUUUAAAUAAACAUAAAUGUUUUCAGACAGAAGAGAAACCAUUUUAUUGUAAUAUCUGUGGUAAAUCAUUCUCUGAAAGUAGUUACUUAGCUAGACACAAACGUAUUCAUUCAGGAGAAAAACCGCAUCAGUGUGAUAUCUGUGGUAGAUCAUUCUUACGAAAUCAACAUCUAACUAAACACAUACGAAGUCAUACAGGAGAGAAGCCAUAUCACUGUGAUAUCUGUGGUAAAUCAUUCUCUCAAAAUCAUCACCUGACUGAACACAAACGUAUUAUCCAUACAGGAGAGAGACCAUAUCUCUGUGAUGUUUGUGGGCAUUCAUUUUCUUUCAAUCAUUUCUUAACUAAGCACAAACGUAUUCAUACAGAAGAGAAGCCAUAUCACUGUGAGAUCUGUGGUAAAUCAUUCUCUGAAAAUAGUGAACUUCUGUCACACAAGAAUAUUUGCACCGGAAAGAAACCGUAUCUCUGCGAUAUCUGUGGUAAAUCAUUCUCUCUUAAUCAUAACUUAACUCAACACAAACGUAUACAUACAGGUGAGAAGCUAUAUCAUUGCGAUGUCUGUGGUAAAUCAUAUUUUGAUAAAUAUCACCUAACUGAACACAAACGAAUUCAUACAGGAGAGAAGCCAUAUCAUUGUGAGGUUUGCGGUAAAUCAUUCACUGGAAGUGGUAACUUUGCGACACACAAACGUGUUCACACAGGAGUGAAACGUUAUUUCUGUGAUAUUUGUGGUAAGUCAUUCUCUGAAAGCAGCAGUGUAACUGUUCACAAACGUAUUCACACAGGGGAGAAACCUUAUCACUGUGAAAUCUGUGGUAGAUCAUUCAAUCAAAACCAACAUCUGCUUGACCACAAACGUACACAUACGGGAGAAAGACCAUAUUGCUGUAAUAUCUGUGGCAAGGCAUUCCUUCGACGUGGUGAAGUAACUCUUCACAAACUCAUGCACACUGGAGAAAAACCAUUUCAUUGUGACAUCUGUGGCAAAUCUUUCUAUGUAAAGAGCCGCUUGACUAAACACAAAUAUAUUCACACGAGAUAGUAACCACAUCACUGUGGUAAAUUGUUCUUUCAAUAUAUGAUUGCUUAACACAAAUAAAAUCAUACAAGAAAGAAGCUAUAUUCAUACUAGGAGAAACUAUAUUAGCAUAUCUUUAGCAAAUCAUUCUUUUGAAGGAUUCAUUUAACAAAAUAAAUAGGUAUUCAUAUACUACAAUAACUAUGUCAAUAAUGGUGUAAAUAAAUGAUGAAUUUAU